AUGAGUCCACACGUUCUUUCCGAAUACAUCCCCUCCGAAACCCGACUCUACAAGCCGUUGAAGGUCGGUAACGUCACACUGCAGAACCGAAUCGCCUUUCCUCCUUUGACCAGGCUUCGCAAUGAUGACAACCAUACGCCCCUUGCUUUGAUGGAGAAAUAUUAUGCGGAUCGUGGCUCUGUCCCCGGAACCCUCGUUAUCUCCGAAGCAACAGGGAUUUCCCAUGUUGAGGAAGGCCAGGCCAACAACCCGGGCUUUGUGAGUGAUGCCCAGGUUAAAGCCUGGAGCAAGAUCAUUGAUGCAGUUCACGCCAAUGGCUCUUUCUAUUUCCAGCAAAUAUGGGGCAUGGGAAGGGCAUCUGAUCCGGAUCAUCUUGCUAGGCGCGGUUUCCCAUACAGGUCUAGCAGUGCGGUGCCCAUGAAGGGUGUUGAUGUUACCCCGGAUGCUCUGACUGAAGAUGAGAUAUUGGAGACCAUUCAAAGCUUUGUGGAGACCUCUAAGCGUGUCAUCGCUGCUGGUGCAGAUGGAGUUGAGAUCCACUCUGCACACGGUUAUCUGCUCGACCAGUUCCUCACAUCUAGUGUGAACCACCGCACGGAUAAGUGGGGCGGAUGCAUCGAGAACCGAUCCAGAUUGACACUUGAAGUUGUAAAGGCCGUUGUGAAUGCGAUAGGUGCAGAGAAAGUGGCCAUCCGCUUUUCCCCUUAUGCCGGAUUCCAAGGCUCCGAGAAGACAGACUCCGUUGAGCUGUACACUCACCUCAUCACCGAGCUCAAAAAGAUGAACGUCAAGUUCGCCUACUUAUCUCUAGUCGAAGCAACUGGUGACCCCGGGGCUUUGAUUCGAGAUGAAAAGGCGAUCAAUGUUGGGAAGACACUGGACUUUAUUCUUGAUGUCUGGGACAAUUACUCGCCUGUCAUGGUGGCAGGUGGCUACAAGCCUGAAUCUGCUGCUCGAGCAGUGGAGACGAAUUACAAGAAUUGGGAUGUGAUGAUAGCCUUUGGUCGCUAUUUUAUUUCCAAUCCAGACCUAGUCUUCAGGAUCCAACACGGCAUUCCUCUUGCCCACUAUAAUCGUGCGACAUUUUACCUCCGCGAGCAGUGGGAGGGCUACAAUGAUUAUCCCUUCAGCCCAGAAUUUUUGAAGGCCCACCCGAACGCCGUCCAUCCUAUGACUCAGUGA